AUGGACGACGUGGAAGCCGAGGAGCAGUUCCUGGCGGAUCUGCCGCCCUCCGGAGGCUCAAGCGCGGCCGCGGCGGGCUCCGCGCAGCCCACGCCGUCAGGCGCAGCCGCCGGCGGGUCGCAGGAGCGCCGCGCGCAGGUGGGCGCCAGUCCGUACGUGGCGCCCUUCACACCCAGCGGGUCCCCUCCGCGGCCCAAGACACCGUCCACCGCCUCGGGGGCGGGGCGCGCGCGAGCCGCCAAGCCGCAGCUGGUGCCCGUGGGCCGCGCGGCCGCCGCCGCCUUCGGCCAGGGCCCGGCGCUGCCCCGCGACGACGUGGUGAAGCACCUGCCGCCCAAGCUGCUGGAGACGCUCGUGGACGUCGUGCGCACGCUGGACCAGCUCUCGGACGGCGUGGCGGACUUCCGGCCGGACCAGCUGGGCUUCCUCAGCGACAAGGCCGCGCACUACGUGGAGCUGCUCAAGGCGGCGGACGCGGCGGCGGCCGAGUUCCACGCCGACAUUCCGCUGGAAGUGCUCAAGAUGAUGGACGCGGAGGACGGAUCGAACCCGGAGCUGUUCACCAAGAAGCAGCUGGAGAAGUGCCGGGACGAGAGCGAGCAGGCGGCCGCCAAGGUCGAGACGCUCGAGAUGCUCAAGGACGCGCUGCAGGCAGGGCUACAGGAGGAGAUCAAGUGA